AACACCCCUCGAGGGCUUUGCACAACUUCAUUGUCUUUCCAUCGAUCAGCUGAGCAGCUUCCAGCACAUUUUCUCAGUGCUCGCUUAUUUACACGUUCACAAAAACUCUCUGAAUUUGUUUUGACCUCCUCAAUCCUACAGUCGUUGCAAGUAUGGACGAAGACAUGGACACCUACGCCUCUGCUGCGCCUCCUCAGAUCUCGCCACAACAGUUUGGGCAGGAAGAACUCUAUGGUCGAAAGAUGCUAGACUUGGUCUUCGUCCAAGACUGCACGGGCAGCCAGGGUAGCUACAUCUCGUCCGCAACGCGCAACAUCGAGGAGAUCUGCGCCCACAUAUUCGAGUCCGGAAAGCUGCAGGCUCGCGAGGACCUGCGCGUCGGCCUCGUCGCGUUCCGGGACCACCCGCCGCAGGACCACACGUACAUCGUCAAGAACUUUGGCUUCUCGUCCGACAUCAGCAAGGUGCACCGGGAUUUGUCCGGCCUGUAUGCGUCGGGCGGCGGCGACGGGCCCGAGGCGGUCACGGCUGCGCUCGGCGAGGCGCUCGAGAUGGACUGGCGGGAACACGCGAGCAAGAUGGUCGUGUUGAUUGCUGAUGCGCCCCCUCAUGGUAUAGGGGAGUAUGGUGAUGGGUUUGAUGAGGGAUCGCCGGAUGGGUUGGACCCGUUGCAGCUGGCUCGUCAGAUGGCGAGCAAGGGAAUUACGCUGUUCUUCGUAGCUUGCGAGCCAGCCCUGAGCGGUUAUUCAUAUGCUACUGACUUCUAUCAAGCCAUCACCAAGAUUACGUCUGGUCUGAUGCUUCCUUUAACCACCGCCGAUCUUCUGGCGCAUGCAAUAGUUGGCAGUGUACUUGAGAACCUCGACAUGGAACGGUUAGUUCGCGAGGUCGGGAACGCCGUCGCCCAACGUAUCCUAGGCAACAACGAGAGCGUCGACGAUGUAGCCCGCGAGCUGCAUGAGAAGCUUCUACUCCGUAAUGAGAGCACAAAGAAGGUCGUCAUCGAGAGCAUCUACAAGGAGUCGGAAGAAGCGGCGCAUAAUGUGUCUAUCUUCAUGCAUUCUCCAUCUUUGACGGAGGCUCGCCCACAGCUCAAGCGGGUACAUGGUACUCGGUUUACCGAUAAAUAUCUACUCUCGCGCCAAACGGCCAGCCGCGGCGCCUAUGCCUAUGCUCCUCAUCUUCCUUCUCGCACCCCUGCUAAAACAUAUUCUUCCUCACCGCCCACGACCCCUGCCGCCCCCGCUAUCGCUUCCUCCCCACCACGCAAGGUCGUAACCGAUUUCGCUGCAUUUGGUGCACCCGCGAACGCCAGCGUGUUCGGCACCGCCGUCGCAUCGACGCCGUUCUCGCUCGCUGGUAGCAAGGCUGCUUUUGGUGGCAUCCGAAAUGCCGGACGCAGUGGUGCCGCCUUCGAUAAUGACGAUGACGAAGAGGAAGAUAAUGGCAGGCAACGCGUUGAACUCAGGGAGGGCUCGAUAUCCUUAGAUCAGGCACGGCGUAUCGCGAUGCAAAGCGCGUGGCGGAGCGUUCGUGGCUAGCCUAAUGGCGUGAAGGGAUAUAUCAUUAAACCACUAAAACAUUUGAUUGCAUACUUUCAAGGAAACUUACGUCUUGUCAUUUCGUUCAUCGUUCAUUCAGUUUCAUCCGACUAUCACACCAAUUUAUAGCGCGUAGCUUGAUUCCGAGAAGGCCAG